AUCCCCCUAAAAAGAAGAAGAAGACCCCCUGAGAAAACUCCGAAUCCCAGAAGGUAAUCCCCGAAAAUGGAUCGCAAGGCUGAGCUGGAACGCAAGAAGGCCAAGUUGGCCGCUCUGCGCGAGGAGAAGGAUCGCCGGCGGCGCGAGAAGGAGAUCAAGGACAUGGAGGAGGCGGCCGGUCGCAUUGGCGGCGGUGCAGGAAUCGACAAGGAUCAGCGCAAGGAUCUCGACGAAAUGCUGUCAUCGCUGGGCGUGGCCCCCGUCUCCGAGGUCCUCUCCUCGCUCUCCUCCGUCAACUCGAUGACCUCGGACAACUCCAACACACAGACCCCCGACGCCAGCCUCCAAGCCACCGUCAAUGGCCAGAGCGGCGGAAAGAAGCAGCCCCUGAACCUGAGCGUCUACAAUGUCCAGGCCACGAACAUUCCACCGAAGGAGACGCUGGUGUACACGAAACAAACGCAGACGACCAGCACCGGCGGAGGAAACGGCGAUGUUCUUUCUUGCCACUCCUCGCCCCUGUCAGGAUAUAUGGAGGACUGGUGGCGUCCACGUAAAGCUCAUGCUACGGAUUAUUAUGAUGAAUACAAUCUUAAUCCGGGUUUAGAGUGGGAGGAUGAAUUCACAGACGACGAAGAGAGCUCGCUGCAGAACCUGGACAAUGGAUUCACCUCCAAGCUGCCACCGGGCUAUCUCACCCACGGCCUGCCCACCGUCAAGGACGUCGCCCCGGCCAUCACGCCCCUCGAGAUCAAGAAGGAGACCGAGGUGAAGAAGGAGGUGAACGAGCUAUCCGAGGAGCAGAAGCAGAUGAUCAUCCUGUCGGAGGACUUCAAGCGGUUCGUGGUGCGCGCCGGCCGCGUCAUCGAGCGGGCGCUCUCGGAGAACGUGGACAUUUACACGGACUACAUCGGCGGCGGCGACAGCGAGGAGGCGAACGACGAGCGUUCGCAUGCCCGCCUGUCGCUCAAUCGCGUCUUCUACGACGAACGCUGGUCGAAGAACCGCUGCAUCACCAGCAUGGACUGGUCCACACACUUCCCGGAGCUGGUGGUGGCCUCGUAUCACAACAACGAGGAGAGUCCCAACGAGCCGGACGGCGUGGUGAUGGUUUGGAACACCAAAUUCAAGAAGAGCACGCCCGAGGAUGUCUUCCACUGUCAGAGCGCGGUGAUGUCCACGUGCUUUGCCAAAUUCAAUCCCAAUCUGAUUCUCGGCGGCACCUAUUCGGGCCAAAUUGUGCUGUGGGACAAUCGCGUGGCCAAGCGCACGCCCAUCCAGCGAACUCCUUUGAGUGCCGCGGCGCACACGCAUCCCGUUUAUUGCCUGCAAAUGGUUGGCACCCAAAAUGCGCACAACGUCAUCUCCAUAUCGUCGGACGGCAAGCUGUGCUCCUGGUCGCUGGACAUGCUGUCGCAGCCGCAGGAUACCCUGGAGUUGCAGCAGCGCCAAUCGAAGGCCAUUGCCAUCACAUCGAUGGCCUUUCCGGCCAACGAGAUCAACAGUCUGGUGAUGGGCAGCGAGGAUGGCUAUGUUUACUCCGCCUCGCGUCACGGCCUGCGUUCUGGAGUCAAUGAGGUGUACGAACGGCAUUUGGGCCCCAUCACGGGUAUAUCCACGCACUACAACCAGCUGUCGCCGGACUUUGGCCACCUCUUCCUCACCUCCUCGAUUGACUGGACCAUUAAGCUGUGGUCGCUCAAGGACACAAAGCCGCUGUAUUCGUUCGAGGACAAUUCGGACUAUGUGAUGGACGUCGCCUGGUCGCCGGUGCAUCCCGCGCUCUUUGCCGCCGUCGACGGAAGCGGACGCCUGGACCUGUGGAACCUCAACCAGGACACGGAGGUGCCCACAGCCUCGAUCGUUGUGGCCGGCGCUCCGGCCCUGAAUCGCGUCUCCUGGACGCCGUCUGGCCUGCAUGUCUGCAUCGGCGACGAGGCCGGCAAGCUGUACGUUUACGAUGUGGCCGAGAAUCUGGCGCAGCCGUCGCGCGACGAAUGGUCGCGGUUUAAUACCCAUCUUAGCGAGAUCAAGCUCAACCAGAGCGACGAGGUCUAGGACAAUAGUUGUUAACUGGUAGUUAAUAGUCGAUACGGAAUCCUGGAAGGAGCGUCCUUGAAUGAAAUUUAAUUUUGUAUUUUUUGUAUCUUUUGUGAUCCCACUGCUCCUUAGUUGUGUAUAGCCCAUAACUCGAAACUCAUCCGCAGUCCAAAUGCUCAGAAACUUCACCCUUUCCCCCCCAAAAAAACAAAGAAAUCAAGGGAAACUGCAACAUUCUCUAGGCAACCACACAGUAACUGUAUUAGAAGGUUUAUUUAAUGAAACUCGACAGAAUAUAGAGAUAUAUAUAUACAUGAGCAGUGGAAGAAGAACUAGAAGUUGCUCUCCCCGCAUGUUUGAUUGGCAUAUUCAUUAAUUUGUUAUUAGAUAUUUUCCCCCAGGUCCAUUCCCAUUUUCAAUCGAUAAUGGCAAUGGAUCUGCCGAAUGGGAUUUAUUAUUUUGUAAUUUUAUUUUGUGGAACUAAAAAGAUUGAAGCAUGAUCAUUUAACCGACUGUCGGGCAGGCUGAGAGCAACACAUAAAUAAAUUAAAAAUGCUACAUAUUAUAUACAACAACGUAUUAAGCUUAAACCUGAGAAGAAGAAAGACAGAGACUAAGAAGGUCGGACAGGAAAAAAAAACGGGGGCUCAGGAAUGAGAGCACGAAAGGCACUGAAGAUCGACCGAAAGAGCCCAAAAUGUAAAUGUAUUAGAGCGAAGCCUAUUUAACGAGAUUAAAUAAACAUAAUAUCUAUAUACACAUACAA